AGUGGUAUCGUCCAUUCGUGAAUUCAACAUGGAGGCGCUGGUGAAGUGAAAAUCAUUGUGAAAUGUUGAAUCAAGUCCAGGGGAGGCGAUAAAAUCAUUGACAGAGUAAUGUGGAUACAUUGAUGAGUGAAACUGCAGUAAACCGAGCCUGACGACAAUUUUAACCCUCCGAGAAGGAAACGGCUUAACGUUAGUGCUUGAUGCAUGAGUUUGAACUUGUCUGAGCUGCUAGUGUUGACCGUGCAAGUGUGACAGGUGAUUUAACGUUAGGUCUGUGUGUGUAGCCUACGGCAGCACACACAGAUGGACCCCGAACAGAUCAUCGGGGUGUACGGAGAUGUCAGCGGUCUCCCUGCGCCUGUUUCUGCUCAUGUGAGUGAGGAGCAGCUCCCACAGCUCCGGAUCUACACCGUGGCCGCAGAGUGGAGUCAGAGCGACCUGGUCCGAGGCUCUAGACUUCGCUUCUCGCAGCAGUGGACUCUGAUCACAGACAGCAACAACCACAAGAGCAUCAGGACUGUCCUCCCACCAGGACCCUGUGUACCUGUGUCUGGAGAGUUACUGAGUGGACUUUCUCCCAUUCGAGGCCUGAGGGCCGUUGUCAGGGAAACAGGUGGCCACCAGCUCCUCGAGAUAUGGGACCGCCACGGCCUAAGGAAAAGCCUCAACCUGACUGCUCUCAACAAACACGGCAGAGUGUAUGAUGACGCCCAGUUUGGCUGUCUGUCAUGGUCGGAGUGUGAGAACAAACUGCUCUAUGUAGCUGAGAAGAUGAAGAACACAUCUAUAGAAACACAUGAUGGGGAAUCUGCAUGCGGGAAGGAAAGGAGUGUGUACUGUGAAGACUGGGGCGAGGCUCUGACCAAUAAGAGCGUUCCAGUGAUUUGUGUGGUGAAUCUGCAGAGCGGCUCCGUCAGCGUGCUGCAGGGCGUUCCGCCUGACGUCUCACCUGGACAGGCUCUGUGGGCUCACGGCAGUCAGUCUGUGUUUUUUGUCAGUUGGUACCACGAACCCUUCAGACUCGGACUGAAGUUCUGCUCCAACCGCAGGUCAGCUUUAUUCAAGCUUGACCUGGAUGGAAACUGUGAGUGUCUGUCUGGGGACAACCUGUCGGUGUCUUGUCCCAGGCUGAGUCCAGACGGGUCCACGCUGAUUUACCUGCAGGGUCGAGUGUUUGGUCCUCACAACCAAUGCCUCAGUCUGCAGCAGUUGGACCUGAAGAGCGGGAAGACAUCCACACUGUUGGAUGUUGUCAACAGACCACAGAGUGGUGAGUUUGCAGGCGUGUAUGAAUCUUUGCCAUCCUGCUGCUGGUCUGCAGACAGUCAGAGAGUGGUGUUCAGCAGUGCCCGCAGAAACUGGAAGGAUCUCUUUAUGGUCGACAGAAGAUCAAACAAAGUUACCUCCCUCUCUGAUAGUAAGAGUCCAUCCUCUCCUCCACCACCACCUCCUCUCUCUUUUUUGUCCUCAUCUCCAUCUCUUGUUUUCCCUCCUCCUCCUUUCUCUCAUCCUCCCCUCUCUCCUCUGCUUCUGCCUCCUCCUUCCCCCUGUUGGCCCCCCCAUCCUCCCCCAUCUCCUGCUUUUCUUCCUUCUCCUCCUUUUCUUCCCCCUCCUCCUGCUCUGUCAUCUCCUCUUCCUCCUCCUCCCCUUUCCCCUCUUCUUCCACCUCCCCCUUCUCCUUUUCCUUCUCUUCCAGUUCCUCCCCCUCCUUCAGAUCUUCUUCUUCCUGAUUCUCCUCUCCUCCCUCCUCCUCCCUCUUCUCAUCUUCAUCAUCAGGAGCACAAGAGAGAAAAGGAAGGUCUAUCUGAUCUUUCACAAGUUUAUGGCAGCUGGAAGCUGCUGACAAUCCAGAAGGACCUGAUGGUCGUCUGCUGCUCCAGCCCAAGCACACCUCCCACUCUGAGGGUGGGUUUCCUCCCUUCAGCUGGUGAGGCUGUGACCUGGCAAACCCUUCAGCAGCCCGCCAUGACCUUUGACUUCCACUGGACAGUUCUAGAUGUUACACCUCCACCAGAGGAGGACAACACACACUACUCUGGUUUAGACUUCGGGGCUGUCCUGGUUAAACCAUCUUGUCCCCUCCAAGAAGCCAAAAUACCUCUGGUUGUCUUCAUCCAUGGUGGCCCUCACUCCCAGUUCCCAGCAGAGUGGAACUGCACCACAGCUGGACUGGCUAAACUCGGCUUUGCUGUGCUCAUGGUGAACUACCGGGGAUCCACAGGAUUUGGUCAGGACAGCAUUUUGUCCCUGAUCGGUCAGAUCGGAAGCCAGGAUGUAAAAGAUGUGCAGAUGGCCGUGCUUACUGCGCUGCAGAUGGACAUCACCCUUGACUCCAAACGCUUGGCUGUGAUUGGUGGUUCUCACGGGGGGUUCCUGUCUUGUCAUCUGGUUGGUCAGUACCCAGAGUUCUACAGAGCGUGUGCAGCCAGGAACCCUGUCAUUAAUGCUGCUACUUUAUUGGGCACCAGUGACAUAGUAGACUGGCGUUACACCAGUGUGGGGUUUCAGUACUCAUAUGACCAGAUACCCACUGCUGAAGCCCUGGCUGCUAUGUUGGAGAUGUCCCCCAUCACACAUGCUGCUCAGAUCAAGGCUCCAGUGCUGCUGAUGCUGGGGGGCAAAGACAGGCGAGUGUCUCCUCACCAGGGUCUGGAGCUCUAUAAAGCACUGAAGAGCAGAGCUUUACCUGUCAGAUUGUUGUGGUUUCCAGAAGACGGACAUUCUCUGUCCAGAGUGGACACACAGGCUGACUGCUUCCUCAACACAGUGCUGUGGCUGCACCAGCAUCUCUGAACACAUGCACACACACACAAGCUGUGAUGAAGCUUUGCUUUUGAACAUCCUCAUAACAGGAUUAAUUAGGUUACUAUCACAGCAGUUGAUCAUCUUAAACACAUUACUGCCUUUUUUAACAUCAAAAAACACAUUCUGUAUGUUAUAGUGUACCUAAUUUUGUAAAAACAUUUCCAAAUCAAAGCAUGUAAUAAAGAAAUAAAUUACAAAUCUGUACUGAUGUAUAGUUUUUGUCAUGUUUGGUUACUCAGUGCUACAUAUAAAAAGUGUCCCAACCUA